CGGCUUUGGGCCGGCGCCUCAGUCGCGGCGAAGAUGGCGGCGCCGGGUCCUCGCGCUCUCCGGCUGCAGCUUCACCUCCUCAUCAUCAUCACCCUCACCGUCGGCUGGGUCGCGGCCACCGACUCACAGACCCGCCGCUUCGAGUACAAGUACAGCUUCAAGGGCCCACACUUAGUACACAGCGACGGCUCCAUCCCCUUCUGGAUGCACACAGGCAAUGCGAUACCUAGUGCAGAUCAAGUCAGGAUAACACCAUCACUGAAAAGCCAAAAGGGAUCUGUUUGGACAAAAAGCAAACUCACCUUUGAAAAUUGGGAAAUUGAAGUUACCUUCCGUGUGACGGGUAGAGGAAGAGUUGGAGCUGAUGGACUGGCAAUCUGGUACACAGAUGGUCAGGGCUUGGAUGGCCCAGUGUUUGGAGCAUCUGACUCAUGGAAUGGCCUUGGAAUUUUUUUUGACUCCUUUGAUAAUGAUGGAAAGAAAAAUAACCCAGUAAUACUUGUCGUUGGAAAUAAUGGCCAUCAACUUUAUGAUCAUCAGAAUGAUGGUACAACACAAGCGUUGGGUUCUUGUUUAAGAGAUUUUAGAAACAAGCCUUAUCCUGUGAGAGCCAGAAUAAUCUACUACAGCAAAACGUUGACUGUCAUGAUACAUAAUGGCUUUACACCAAAUAAUGAUGAUUAUGAACUUUGUGCCAAAGUAGAAAAUAUGGUACUUCCGUUGGAGGGUUUCUUUGGAAUCUCUGCAGCAACUGGGGGCCUUGCAGAUGACCAUGAUGUUUUAUCGUUUCUGACCUUCAGACUUUUUGAGCCUGGUAAACCAGUGGAGCCUGAUGAUACAACAAUUCCUCAAGAAGAAAAGGAGAAAUAUAGAGAGCAGUAUGAAAAUUUCCAACAAGCACUUGAUAAAAAGAAGGAGGAAUUUCAAAAAGAUCAUCCUGAUAUGCAAGGGGAACAAGCGGAUGACUUAUUUGAAAGUGUGAACGAGCAAGAAUUGAGACAGAUCUUUGAAGGCCAGAAUCGAAUCCACCUUGAAAUUAAACAAUUGAACAGGCAACUCAACAUGAUUCUGGAUGAGCAGAGGAGAUAUGUCUCUCUAGUAAGUGACGAGCUGUCAAAGAAGGGAACUAACGUUGUGCCACAGACAGGACAGUUACCUCAAGCAGAACUGGACAAUAUUAUGAGAUACCAGCAAGAGGUGCUGAAGCAUGUUGGCGAAUUGAAGAAUUCGGUGACUAACACUCUGAGUCAAGUGGCUCAUCCUCCUGGGGGUGCAACUGGAGGCUAUGAAGUGGCUCAACAUUUCAAUGACAUCAAAGAACACCUUCAUGUUGUAAAAAGAGACCUUGGUGCAUUGGUACAGAGAAAUGUAAAUAUUGAGAAGCCUAAAUGCCCAGAAUUACCCCCAUUCCCAUCAUGUUUAUCUUCAACACAUUUCUUCAUGUUUGUGGCCUUUCAAACAGUAUUGUUUAUUGGUUAUAUAAUGUAUAGGAGCCAGCAAGAAGCAGCCGCAAAGAAGUUCUUUUGAUGCUACUGUUCUUAGUUUUUACUUUGUUAGUGUCCUGGAAUGAAACAAAGGAAAACUGUAAAUGAUUUUUAAAACAAAAAAUAUUUUUCGACAAA